GAGCAGGAGGCUGAGAGGUGAUGAUGGAUGUUGUGGAAGGACUCUCAGGGAGACCCCAGCUGCUGCCAUGGGGAGCUGGGAUCAUUGCUCUGCUUGUGACAAUAGUGACUGUGUGCUCCCUGCCCUCCCUGAUGGAAUACUGUAGGCAAUGGUGGAUGCUGAAGUCCAUCCCGGGUGUCAGCCCCUGCUAUCCUGUGCUGGGAAAUGCCCUGCUCUUGGAGCGGAAAGGAGAAGAUUUUUUUAAACAGAUAGAGUUUUAUAGUGAACAGUUCAGAAGUUGGCCACUGUUCAAACUUUGGAUAGGACCAGUGCCUGUCAUGUUUUUGAAUCACCCUGACUGUGUGGAGGUUAUUCUGAACAAUUCAAAACAUAUAGAAAAAUCAUACCUAUACAAAUUCCUGCAUCCAUGGCUGGGCACUGGACUUCUGACAAGCACUGGAGACAAGUGGCGGUCACGGAGGAAGAUGAUAACUCCCACAUUCCACUUUGCAAUCUUGAGUGACUUUCUAGAAGUCAUGAAUGAACAAGGAAAUAUUUUGGUGAAGAAACUUCAGAAGCAUGUUGACAAGGAGCCAUUUGAUGUCUUUAUGGACAUCACUCUGUGUGCCCUUGAUAUUAUUUGUGAAACAGCAAUGGGCAGGAAUGUGGGUGCCCAGAAGAAUAAGGAUUCUGACUAUGUUUCUGCUAUCUACAGGAUGAGUGAUUUAAUCCAAAGGCGACAGAUGAGCCCUUGGCUUUGGCCUGACUUUUUGUAUGUAUUGUUCAAAGAAGGAAGAGAGCACAAGAGGAAGCUCAACAUCCUUCACAAUUUUACAGAUACGGUCAUUGUAGAAAAAGCUGAAGAACUUAAAAACACCCAGCAAAAUAAACAUGAUAAUGAUGGUAACUCUGAAGAAAGUGGUUCCAAAAAGAGAAAAGCAUUCCUGGACAUGCUGCUGAAUGCAACAGAUGAUGAAGGGAAAAAGUUGAGCUACAGGGACAUUCGUGAGGAAGUGGAUACUUUCAUGUUUGAGGGCCAUGAUACAACAGCAGCUGCUAUGAAUUGGGUCUUGUACUUGCUUGGACAUAAUCCGGAAGUUCAGAAGAAAGUUCACAGGGAGCUGGACGAGGUGUUUGACAAUACUGAACGUUCUGUUACAAUGGAGGAUUUGAAGAAUCUUCGAUACCUUGAAUGUGUUGUGAAAGAAGCUCUUCGUCUCUACCCUUCAGUUCCCAUGUUUGCCCGUACCUUGAGAGAGGAUUGCUGCAUUAGGGGAUAUCAGAUACCAAGAGGUGCAACUGUCCUCAUUUUAACUUAUGUCCUGCAUAGAGACCCUGAGGUCUUCCCUGACCCGCAGGAGUUCAGGCCUGAGCGAUUCUUCCCUGAAAAUUCUAAGGGAAGGCACCCAUACGCUUAUGUGCCCUUCUCAGCUGGUCCCAGGAACUGCAUUGGUCAGCGCUUUGCACAAAUGGAGGAGAAAACUCUUCUAGCCCUCAUCCUGCGGCGCUUUUGGGUGGAAUCGUGUCAAAUGCCAGAAGAGCUUGGUUUAUGUGGAGAAUUGAUUCUUCGUCCAAAUAAAGGCAUCUGGAUUAAACUGAAGUCUAGGAGACCAAAUACUGGAUCAGAAUAAAAGGAGACCAAAUACUGGAUCAGAAUAAAAGGAAUUUCAAGAGUUUACUUCCAAAAGUUUUCAAUCUAUUUAGGCUGAGACGUAUUUUAAAAUCAAAUAUUUUGAUGUCAGUCCAGCAAUUUGUUAAAACUAGUUGCUAUUGUUUUAUUAAAAAGGAUGCAGUAAUAGCCCUAGUUGCUCUACUUUUAUAGUGCUUGUGAACUUCAUGUUAAUCUUUGAAAUGCAAGCCUUUAAUCCUUAAAUUUUAGUGCCUUAUCUGCUCAGAUGAAACUAUUCUAUUGCCACAGUGCCAUAAAAACUAAGCUAUGGUAAUAA